GAGGAAUCGGAUUGGCUGCAGCCGCUUGAGCAGCCGCUGUUCCAGCCAGUUAGACCCAAACCAGGAGUUUCAGGCGGGCAGCGCCAGAGCGGCUGCCGCUGCUGCCGCCUGUGAGAAGCUCCCUCCCUGCUCGGAAGGUUCCCCGGGCUGCAGGAUCAUGGAGACAGAGUUCACUGAGAAGGACUUUUAUGCUCAACAUUUUGUUCCAAAACAAUAUUUGGAAAACUAUUACUGUUUUCGAUCGGGGAAAGAUGCAGAAAAUUCCCUUUUAACAACUUGCCUGCAAAAUCUCCACAAGGUGUUCUCUUUGGAUGGCAUUAAAGGAGACACCCUGAUUGAUAUUGGAAGCGGGCCCACCAUCCACCAAUUCCUCUCUGCCUGUGAGUCCUUCCGAGAGAUCGUAGCCUCCGAUUAUACCGACCAGAACCGGGAGGAGAUGCAGCGAUGGCUGAGGAAGGAGCCGGACGCCUUCGACUGGAGCCCAAUGGUGCAAUACGUGUGCGAGCUGGAGGGUGACAGGGAAAAGUGGGCCCGCAAGGAAGAGCAGGUUCGCAGGGCCAUCACGCAGGUCCUGAAAUGCGACGUGACGCUGCCCAACCCACUGGCGCCUCUGACCCUCCCUCCUGCGGACUGCUUGCUCUCCUCCUUGUGCCUGGAAGGCGCCUGCAAAGACCUGUCCGUCUACCGCUCCGCCGUAAGGAACAUCAGCUCCCUCCUCAAGCCUGGGGGGCACCUCGUCUUAUUCGGCGUCCUGGAAGAAACUUUCUACAUGGUGGGCCAGCACCAGUUCUCGUGUCUCUACUUGGAGCAGAAGGAUGUGGAAGAAGCGGUGAGAGAGGCCGGGCUGAGGGUCCAGUGGGUCAAGGAGGCCAGGAUGCAGUUUUCACCCUCUGUGAGCGAUCUCAAGGGGGUCUUCACCCUGGUGGCUCAGAAGCACUGCAGCUGAAGGAAAGCGGGCGGAGGACAGGGAUGGGGGAGGGAGUUCCCACUAUGGGGCUAGUCCUUCGGAUGACUAUGGUUGAAAUUGAGGAAGGCUAAGCCAGAGCUGGCCAUCCUGAGGCUCUCCAGCUGCCCAACAGCAGCAGGAAAGAGCCUCAGCUUGGCCAUGCCUGGUCUAAGCUCACCCCACAAAGGCAUUUUCCAGAUUACACGUUACAACAGCAGUAGUUUACUCUCCCUUGGCAGGAUCAUAUUGAAACCAUAAAUAAAGGGUAUUGCACAAAGCCACCAGCAGGGGGAGCAGUCUUUUCUAGCUUGUGCACAUGUCCUACAAGGGGUAAAUGCAGCUGGUGUUUUGUUGGGGUUUUUUGGUUGUUUGUUUGUUUGUUUUGCAAUGUUGUAGCACUGUAACGCCAAGAUAAAACCUGAAAAGCAGUAUCAGAAAUGUGACCAGCACCUUGCUGACAGUGCAGAGACUGUGAUGUCGAAACACAGGCAGUACGGAAGCACACUUAACGGACACUGUUGUAGCGGGUAACCUGGAAAGCGCCAUGAUGUUGCAAAAAUUAAAAAUAAAACAUACUCUACCUGUGGAA